AUGAAGAAACCGAUUCUAGCCAACCUUAAAGUGUUUGGAUGCCACGCGUAUGUUCAAGUGCCUCAAGACAAACGCGCGAAGUUCGACUCCAAGUCAUCACUCUGUCGUUUCCUGGGAUACGCCGAACACCAGAAGUCAUAUCGAUUUGAGGAAGUGUCAACAGGAGCGAUCAAGAUCAGUCGUGAUGCCACAUUCAUGGAAGACAAGUUUGAUGAAGGUCCGCGCAACUACAACGAUGAGUCAAGUGCCGUUGAGUUUGAUGAUCAAGACGAGGACGAAGAAAAAGAAGAAGGUAAAACUGACGUCGACAUGGACUCGAGCGACGAUGACAACGAAGACACCAGGUCUUCGAAGAGCAACAUCAAGAGACACACGCGCACUCAAUCACUUGAGAAAGCUACCUUCAUUCCAAGUCCCAAGCGAAGAACGUACAGAGGUCCGUCGCUUGAGCAUGUGUCAGCGGCUGCAAUGGAUUUUGAAGCAGCCUACAUCGUUGAUUCAGUGGAGGAAACGCCGACUACAUUCAAGUCGGCGAUGGAAUCAAGCGACUCCGGCAAGGGGAAAGAAGCGUGUGACUCGGAGUUCGACUCGCUUCAGAGAAACGACACGUGGGAAAUCGUGCCUCUUCCGAAAGGUCGCAAGGCCAUCGGGUGCCGAUGGAAAUUCGGAGUUGACUAUGAAGAAACUUUCGCACCGGUGGCCAAGUUCACAUCGAUUCGUGUGGUGCUCAGUAUGGCGGCAAAGUACGGCCUAAUGCUACAUCAGAUGGACGUCAAGACAGCGUUUCUUAACGGCUCCCUCAACGAAGACAUCUACAUGGACCAGCCGGACGGAUACCUGGAUGCAACACAGCCGGACUAUGUGUGCAAGCUAAAGAGAUCACUCUACGGCUUGAAGCAAUCGCCUCGCAUGUGGAACCAAACAAUCGAUGGGUUCAUGAUCAAGAUGGGAUUCAAGAAGUGCGAAUCGGACCACUGCAUCUACAUCAAGCGAGACGACCAAGACAUGAUUCUCGUGGUGCUCUACGUCGAUGAUCUCAUCCUGGCCAGCAGCAACAACGAACUCCUCAAGUCGACCAAGAUGGCGCUGAGCAAACGCUUCGAAAUGACGGGUCUCGGUGAGCUCGAUUACUUUCUCGGCAUGGAGAUCAAGAACGACCGUAAGACGGGAAUGGUGACUGUGCAACAAACCAAGUUUCUCAAGUCCGUGUUGACCAAGUUCGGAAUGGAUAACAGCAAGCCAGUGAAGACGCCUCAAGAUCCCGGCCUGAAGCUAACCAAGAACAUGUGUGAACAAGAAUGCAAGCACGAAGACACCAUGUGCAACGUGCCAUAUCGAAGUGCUGUCGGAGGCAUCAUGUAUCUCAUGGUCGCCACACGUCCGGAUCUAGCUGCUGCAGUGGGAUCAUUAUCCCAGUUCUCGUCCGACCCAUGCCCGACUCACUGGCAAGCUUUGAAGCGUGUGCUGAGAUACCUGCAAGCAACGCCCAAUCAUGGUCUUGAGUUUACACGUGAAGAAGGAAGCCGUAUCUGCGGGUACACCGACGCAGACUGGGCCGGCGACAUUGAGUCAAGACGAAGUACAAGCGGCUAUGUGUUCAUGAUGAACGGAGGAUGCAUCAGCUGGAAAAGCCAGAAACAACGGACGGUCGCGCUAUCUUCAACAGAAGCAGAAUACAUGGCGCUUUCCGAAGCAACCAAAGAAGCAGUAUGGCUCAAGGUGCUUUUGGGGAACUUGGUGAGAUGA